AUGACGUCGAACGACGGGUGGCUGGUUAUGGUAAUAUGGGGAACCACGAUUAUGACGACUCAUUUGAUUUUAUCGAGUAGCAAGUUGUUCUAUUUGGUGGGAAAUGAAGAAAAGAGUGGAGUAGCCAUGAUUCGCCACCUUAAACUAUUCGUCACCCUUUUUACCCUUCUCCUCCCCACUUGGGCAAUCCAAAUUAGAGACCACUCCUCAUGUGAAUCCGAGUCCAGUUCAGCAUCCUCAUCAUCAGAAGAACAUCAUGGUGGACACCAUCCACAUCGUCCUCGUACCACCACACCUAAGCCACGCCCACACUGCGAGGAGGGAUGGUACACAUCGUAUCGGCCACAGGGGAUAUGGUGUAUGAAGAUUGGAAUAGCCCACCUAACAUAUCACCAGUCUCAAUCCCAGUGUCAAACACUCGGAGGAGUCCUGUCUGGAAUUCAAAACGACGCUGAAAGACAAUAUAUGGUGAAUGAGACAGUCAGACAGCUCAUUCCCACUGGUAUCACAAUUGCUGGCCUAUGGCUGGGAGCAUCUCAUAAUGCGGGCACACGAACGUUUCGAUGGAAUGAUGGAAAUACGCAGGGCGUUGAGGGAUUCUUUUAUGGACCUGGACAACCGAAUAAUGGGAAUGGCGAUCCGAGAGGACCACAAAACUGUCUUCAAUUGAUUGUGAUGACACCUGCCUACUGGUCGGCACCUAACAAAUGGGCUCCAUUCACCAGCACCAUUGAUGACUAUUGGUGUCAUAUGGCUCAUGAUCCACCGACGAGAUUGUAUGUGUGUGGAAAGCGUGGACCACCGGAUGUCACUAUUGGAUGA